CACACACACACACACACACGGAGCGGCUCUGCUGGGAGUGUAACACACACAGAUACACACACACGUGUCUGUGUUUUCCUCAUAUUUUGUCAGUGUGUGUGUGUGUAAAGCUGACGGUCAGUGAUGGGCCAGGAGGACAUGAUGAGCGCGGCAGAGGACCUGGCGGACCAGUUCCUGCGGGUCACGAAGCAGUAUCUCCCGCACAUGGCACGUCUGUGUCUGAUCAGCACGUUUCUGGAGGACGGGAUCCGCAUGUGGUUCCAGUGGAGCGAGCAGAGAGACUACAUAGAGGCCACCUGGAGCUGCGGAUACUUCCUCGCCACAUGCUUCGUCAUUAUCAACCUUAUAGGACAGAUCGGUGGAUGUGUCCUGGUGCUCAGUAGAAACCUGGUUCAGUACGCCUGCUUUGGCUUAUUCUGCAUCAUUGCACUACAGACGGUGGCUUACAGUAUUCUGUGGGACCUCAAGUUCCUUAUGAGGAAUCUGGCUCUAGGUGGCGGUCUGCUGCUGCUGCUGGCCGAGUCUCGAUCUGAAGGGAAAAGCAUGUUCGCCGGUGUGCCGUCCAUGGGUGAAAGUUCCCCGAAACAGUACAUGCAGCUGGGAGGGCGAGUUCUGCUGGUGCUCAUGUUCAUGACGCUGCUGCACUUCGACUCAGACUUCUUCUCUAUCCUCCAGAAUAUGGUGGGAACAGCGCUCAUCAUCCUGGUGGCCGUCGGCUUUAAGACCAAACUGGCUGCUCUGACUCUGGUAGUCUGGCUUUUGGCCAUCAACGUCUACUUUAACGCCUUCUGGACCGUUCCGGCGUACAAACCCAUGCACGACUUCCUGAAGUACGACUUUUUCCAGACCACAUCAGUGAUCGGGGGCCUGCUACUGGUGGUGGCCCUGGGGCCCGGAGGCGUCUCCAUGGACGAGAAGAAGAAAGAGUGGUGAAGAAGAAGAAGAUGUUCACUUCCUGUCCAUCCGUCCGUCCUGCACCCUUGCUAGUGUGUGUGUUGGAUUUGGGAUGUGUGGAUCCCUCAUAUUGACUCCAGUCGCAGCAGUAAACACCGAUUCGUUUACUGGUUACGAUUUCUGAUCCGAUGGACGACCCUCAGCCUGAUUUCACUGUUUUCUGUUGAUUGUAUACGAAAAAAUUAUGAUUAUAAUAAUAUUAAUAAUAAGUUGUUCUAUUAAUUUUUCAGACGUUUAUAUUGUAUUUAGUUUUUUUUUUUUUUUUCGAAUUUCAGGUCAUGCUGAGAAAUAAAGCAAAACCUCCGAAUUAUGGAAAUGA